AUGGAUAAUCAGUACACUGAGGACUUUUUCGAGUCGCUCAUUGAAAUACUGCAAGGAGCUUGUACAAGGUUUCUGAAGUUCAGAGACAUUGUGGAACUAAAUGGCUACAUGUGUGUUGAGAUAGAUAGCAGGAGGAAAGAGGUGUAUGUCCUCCGUGAGAGGGUUGCCAGAAGUGGUAGUGUCACCACCCGUCCCUUGCAAUGUGUUGCCAGUCUCCUCUCAAACAGUGACCUCACAACAGCCAGUUCCUUCCAGGGUAUUGCCAGGCUCCUUUCAAACAGUGACCUCACAACAGCAAGUUCCUUCCAGGGUGUUACCAAUCUCCUCUCAAACAGUGACCUCACAACAGCCAGUUCCUUCCAGGGUGUUACCAAUCUCCUCUCAAACAGUGACCUCACAACAGCAAGUUCCGUCCAGGGUAUUGCCAGGCUCCUUUCAAACAGUGACCUCACAACAGCCAGUUCCUUCCAGGGUGUUACCAAUCUCCUCUCAAACAGUGACCUCACAACAGCAAGUUCUGUCCAGGGUAUUGCCAGGCUCCUUUCAAACAGUGACCUCACAACAGCCAGUUCCUUCCAGGGUAUUGCCAGGCUCCUUUCAAACAGUGACCUCACAACAGCAAGUUCCGUCCAGGGUAUUGCCAGGCUCCUUUCAAACAGUGACCUCACAACAGCCAGUUCCGUCCAGGGUAUUGCCAGGCUCCUCUCAAACAGUGACCUCACAACAGCCAGUUCCUUCAAGGAUGUUGCCAGUCUCCUCUCAAACAGUGACCUCACCAGAGCCAGUUCCUUCUAG